AUGGCAGAAGCCUGGGCGCUACCCACCGCCAGCGCGCCUUCUCGGGCUCCAGCUGCGGCGCCAGCAAGGCAGAGAUGUUGGCAGAACCCAGAACCACGCAGGACGGAGGAUGCGGGCGCCCAACGCCGCUGCAUGCUGCUGGUCGCGGUGCUUGGCAUCCGUAGCCUGCGAAGGGGCCGCGACCGGUUCUCCCACAGGCAAAGUCGAGUGCCGCGCUUUGCGCUCGUCGAGCAGGAAGUUGAGGCCCAGAAGGCUGAGGAGGACGGGGAAGAGCCGCCCAAGCGCAUCGUGAAUACCCGCGAGGUGGAGCUCUGGCCGGGGAUACCAGAUCCCAUGGUCGACUAUGGCGGCUUGCCCAUCCCACAACGCCUUGCGGAUGCCUUCACCGAGCGUGGCAUCGUACAGCCUUCGAGGAUCCAGGAGCUUGUCAUGCCAAAGCUAGCUAAGGGCGAGCACAUCAUCCUGCACGCCCCCACUGGCAGUGGGAAGACCCUGGCAUACCUCCUCCCAAUCCUCGCGAGGCUGCAGCCCACGAUGCAUGUGGGCGUCCAGGCCAUCAUCUUUGUCCCUACACCGGAGCUUGCCCUCCAGGUCACGCGUGAGCUCAAGUGGCUGAUGUACAUCCUGUCUGGUGGUUCCGAUGGAGUUUGCUGGUUCAACCCGCAAGUUCCGCAGGAGCUCGCAUGCAACGUCUUGCUAUCCAGAUCGAACCUUUGGGAUACCAUCCGCCAGGACUCCGCAAUCAUGGUCACGACGCCAGGAAUGGUUCUCAAUGAGAUCACCCAGCUAAAGUUUGAGGGCAGGCGGUUCAAAGAGACCCUCGCCUAUUUCAUGGCAAGCAAUGUGCAGGCCAUCGUCGUGGAUGAGGUGGAUGCCCUGACCCCAAGGCCGACACCAGGGAAGAACUCCCGGCGGUUUGGUACAACGGAGCAGGUCAUAGCCUACAUCAUCAAUGUGGUGAAGAGGCGAUACCGGAAUCGGCCGAUCCAGAUGAUCGCCGCCUCUGCCACCGCCAACGCGCAGAGAGUGACAAAAUUCCUAGACCGGCUGGUUGCUUGGAAGUACCCCAAGAGACGCGACAUAGGCCGAAGGCAGACGCCGGAACUGAUUCAGGCGGAUGCAACCGUGGGCCGCGUGGGCUCCAGCCCCGGAAAGAUCCGGGAGAAGUCUGUGGUUCCAAUGCCCUCGAGCAUCCUGCAUGCAGUGGCUGUGGUGAAGGGCCCGGAGCAAGGACAAUUCUUUAGCCAGAACCGCUUCAAGCUGAUGGUCGACAUCAUCAAGAACCUGAAAGAGAGAGGUACUGUGCUCCUGUUCGUCCCAGAGCACGUGAAAAUGGACGCGAUGGUGCUGAUCUUGCGGCAAUCCGGUGUUGCGGAUGUUUGCAAGUAUCGCUCUGAAAUCGGUCUGGGCAUCUCAACAGAGUUGGCCAUGGACCCUAACUUCAGGCGAAACCCCCGGAAGAAUCCGAACAAGCGAGCUCCUCCUGCCGAGCAGGAUGUCAACCCCCUGCUCGCUUUGCAGCAGGGGCAAGAGUUUGUGGACGAGCUGGAGAAGAUCGAGCGUCAGGUGCUGGUGGCAAAGGUCCAGGAGGGCAGAGGAAUCGAUUUGCCCAACGUGCGUUAUGUGGUGCAGCUGCAGCUCCCGAAGGCUUCGGGCGAGUACCUUCACCUCUCUGGCCGGACGGGCCGCAUGGGCGCGUCGGGAACUUCCAUCACGCUUGUCACGGAGGCUGAACUUGCCAAUGCGCUGCCUCUCAUAGGUUUCAAGAUCGGAGCCUCCUUCGAGAUGUGGGAUGUCGAGCAAGGUCAGAUUGCGGAGGGUGCCCCAGUGCAAGCCGCCCUCCCUGAAGGUGCUCCAGAGCAGCUGGAAACCAGCAGAACGACAUGGCAGAAGUGCGGCAAGGAGGCAACAAAAGGAGGACCAUCGGGCGAGGAACUCAAUGGGAUGUGGGUGGAAAAGGCGGGCUUGGACGAGGUCGAGGAGGCCUUCCGCGCCUGUGGGCGUGCGGCCGGCCUGGCUGUGAAGUACGGCGACGUGCUAGCAGAAGAGCUGGCAGGCUUCUUCGUGUACCAAGUGGCCCGCGAUGACACCGUCGGCUUGGAAGAGCUCCAGCGUCAGGUUGCGGAGUCUGAGGGCAGCGACGACAUCCGUGCCUCGAAGAAGCUCCUGGAGAGCCACGUCUCAGAGUCCGGCAUCAAGGGUAUGAAGCUCACCCGGACGAUCACCGGCACCUGCACCGAGGCUGUCAGACAUCCGGCCGCUAGCUGCGCGGUUCAAGCGCCCCCAUGCGCCGUGUGGCGGCGCAGUGUGAGCAGCUCCUGCGAACGAGCCUGGCUGGCCUGGCGGUGCUGGGCACCUCUGGCCAUCGCUUCGCUGGAAGCAAGUGUGAGAUGCGGGGCUCCUGGUGAUUCUCCUCACAAGUGUGUGAAAGGGGCGCAGCAAGAAUCCCUAGGUUUGACGAUGAUCCCCUUGGCCUUGGUGGCCUGGAUGGGGGUGGGGGCCUCUUCGGACGACGAGGCAGGGCAGACCACCCUGAGACGAAAGGCCUUGCAUGUUGAACUGAAAGGAGCUGCAGUUCCACAAGAAGGGCCCGUGAUCAACACUGCACAUGCCGCACUGCGAACUUGGCAGGAGCUGGGCCAAAACGUGCGCCAGCCAAGGUUCCCGUGUCUAUCCUCUGCGGAUUUCUCGGUGGCUCGCGCGGGCAAGACGACUAUGGUGCAGCACGUGCUGAAGAAUCGGGAAGGCCUCAAGGUUGGCGUUGUGGUCAAUGAUGUGGCCGAGGUGAACAUCGACUCAGAGGUCCUGAAGUUCGAGGAUGCUGACGGCAUCGUGGGGCUGCAGAAUGGAUGUGCAUGUUGUUCUGGCAGGGCCGACCUCUUCGCGCGACUUCAGGAGUUGGUGGAAAGCAGCGGCGUGACCAAGCUGGAGAAGCCCUGGGAUCGGCUCGUGGUGGAAUGCUCCGGUGUGGCGGAGCCCGAAAGCAUUGCUGCCGAGCUCGAGGCUAUGGGAAGAAGAGGCGAGCCCGUCAUGAAACGAAUUUUCCUCGCCGGGAUCAUCUGCGUUGUUGAUGCGUCGGCCUUUUGGGAGAUGUACAAUUCAGGUGACAGCGGCGACGCAGCUCGCAAACCCUUGUCGGCCCUGCUUGUAAGUCAGCUGGAGUCCGCAGAUACAGUCAUCAUCAACAAGACGGACUUGGUGAGCUCGGAAGAGCUGGAAAAAGUGCGGCAGCUGGUCUCUGCCUUGAGCCCCAACGCUCGGCAGUUUCCGGCAACGCGCGGAGCUCUCCCCCUGAGGACGCUCUUGCCAGCCGAGCCUGUGGAAUUGGACAUGCCAGCGUAUGUGCCUACACUGGUCAACCGGCAUGGUGCCGCCGUCCGUGCGUCUGAGGCAGCAGGCUACCGGCAGUCGCCCGAAGACCACGAACACGGCCAUGGCCAUCACGAUGCCCAUGGCCACGCGCAUGGUCACGACGCUGAAGAUUGCCAGCUCUGUUCACGGCACGAGCGCUUUGGCAUCUCCAGCUUCGUCUACCGCUGCAAGGACAAGGUGUUUCUACCAGAUCGACUUGCUGAGUUCAUCAGCAAGCUGCCAGUGGUGGCGGCAACUGUGGGCUUCCUUCCCGAGGAGCUGAAGCCCGUGAAGGACCCGUUGUUGGCGGGCGUUCUGCGCUCGAAAGGCUUCGUCCAGGUGCUGGGCUCCAGCCAAGUGUUUUAUUGGUCGCAUGCUGGUCGACGAAUCGAAGCUUUUCCAGCAAGCGAGGCCCCGACAAGCAAGCAGUCAGAGGUGGUGUUUAUUGGAACCGGGCUGGAUCGGAGUGCCAUAAGUGCAGCGCUGGAUGCGUGUCUGACGAGUAGAGACGAUUCGGGCAGCGCCGACACGACUGUGGAGCUCGUUCCUGGUGGCCAGGAUGUCGAAGUCACAGAGGAGAACAAGGCAGACUGGCUGCGGCUGCACUUGCAUGACAAGCUGUACCGGUCGAUGCAGAAAGCCGCCGACUCGUUCCGUGCAGGGAUCCUGGACAUCUGGGGCGGCUCGCGACGAACGUGUCCGCUGUUGGUGUUACUCACGCCGGCCGAGCUCGUGCGUAUCUGGGCCGGCAGUGGCGUGACAGAUGCGGACGUGCGCCGCUGGAGGGAGGUGGCCACCGUCAGCGACGAGGUGAAGACUCAAGCAGGAUGGCUGUGGGAGAUCCUGGAAGAAGCAGAUGAGGCGUACCGCUCGAAGGUCCUGAAGUUCACGACAGGUGUCCACCGAAUUGGAUAUGUCGGGAUUCAGUCCUUCGAGGUUCAGCCGGCGGAUGGACAGGAUGAGUCCCUCCCACGUGCCAUGACGUGUGCCAACAUGUUGCAGAUGCCCCGCUACUCCUCCAAGGACUGUCUGUGCAAGCAGCUCCGCAAGGCCACCGAGCUGUGUGACGGCUUCCAGAUUCUCUAG